AUGGCUGCCGCCCUGUCCCGGAAGGACCUAGACGAUCGGAUCAAGUCUGAGAAGGAUUGGAGACACCAGUAUAGUACUCACCUGGACCAGCUAGUUGAAAGCCUUUUCGCCGUCAAGGAUGUGUCAUUGCUGCAGCGGGUGCUUCACACAGGAUUGGAGAAAGUGAGAGGUAUGGAGUUCGAAUCCAGCGAUGGCAAGAUCCUGCCCUUGAGCCAGGCUGUGGCUGCUCCCACCUCGAAAUACCAGACGAUCAAGGUCCACGGCACCGGGACGCCGAAAACCUCCUUCGAGCUGCCCUACAAGGGUCAGAAGCUCACGGGCUCCGCGCUGGAGGCCCAGUGCGACCAGUGGAGCAAUGGGCCCAUGGAGCCGGACGCGGCUUCGGCCAUCAAAAGCGGGUCCCAGCAGCUGGCGGCGCUGCAGGGCCGGACCUUCUUGGUGCUGGGCGCCAACUCGGAGCUGGGCCCAUUGCGACCGCUCUUGGAGGCGGGCGCCACCGUGGCCGCGGUGGCCACCAAACGCCCCAAGCGCUGGAAGGAGCUGCUGGCCUUCGCCCGGCAAUCCGCGGGCACGCUACUGGUGCCAUGCCCUGCCGGCCAAGAGGUGAACAACGACGAGGACCUGGCCGCGGUGGCCGGCGCUGACCUCGUCUCUGAGACCCCGCAGGUGGUGGAGUGGCUGCUGCGCUGCGGCCGCGCCGCGGAUGGCCAGGUGACGCUUGGCACCUACCUCUACGCCGACGGCGAGGCAAAUGUACGGCUCACUGCCGCGUCGGACUACGCGGUGGAGGCGCUGAAGAGUUUGGGCAAGGAGAAGGUGAGCUUCGCGUACUUGGCGAGUUGCUCCACUUCUCAGUCCAUUCCUCAGGAGGCCGUGAAAGCUCAAGAGGUGAACUUUCAAGCGUCCGGUCAGUGGUCCAAGACUUUCGGCAAGCGACAGGUCUGCACGCCACUGGAUGGCUCGCGAUGUUUUCUGCGAGCCUUUGAAGUCUUGCAGGGCCCCAACUAUGCCUUGGCGCAACUCACACGUCAGUGGCGGGCGGCCUUGCUGCACAGUGAGGGCUUCUUGGUCUCCUCGCCCCUGGCGCCCAUGUGCCGCACCGAGAGCGUGGUGCACAACCCCACCAUGGCCGUGGUGCUCGAGGGCGUGGCGCACUUCCCCCCCCAGGAGGCCUAUGACCCGGACGCGGGGCGCAUGGCGAUGUUCGCCAUUUUGCUCUCCGACCUCACGGAGCCUGUGCCAGAGCUGGCUUCCCCAAUGCUCAUUACCACCAGGAAGGCCUUCCACUCGGGGAUUUGGCGGACGCCCUUCGUGAUGGCCAGCCUGGGCAAGACCACCUGGUUCUUGGGCAAGGUGGCCCCGAAGAAGGCUCCAUGA